AUGGAACCGAGUCACAGGGUUUCAGUGAGAGACCGACUGCUGACCAAAGAAGUAUCAGAUCUAGAAGCUAACCUCCCUAGUACGUGUAAAGCCAGUUUUCCUGAUGAAGACAAACUGCAUCACUUUCAGCUCGCCGUCUCUCCAGACGAGGGUUAUUACCAAAGCGGCAGGUUUGAGUUCGAGGUGGACGUCCCUGAAGCCUACAACAUGGUGCCUCCCAAAGUGCGGUGUUUGACCAGGAUCUGGCACCCGAACAUCACAGAGAGCGGAGAGAUCUGCCUCAGCCUCCUCAGAGAACACUCCAUAGACGGUACUGGAUGGGCCCCGACCAGGACACUGAAGGACGUGGUCUGGGGCCUGAACUCUUUGUUCACGGAUUUGCUGAACUUUGAUGAUCCUCUGAACAUUGACGCUGCAGAACACCAUCUGAGAGACAAGGAGGACUUCCGGAACAAGGGCGGCCGUCACAUCUGCUCGUGUUUCUUUGCUUCACACAGCGACUCUCCUCUCCGCAGACUCUCCGCAGACUCUCCGCAAACUCGCCUCUCCGCAGACUCUCCGCAGACUCUCCGCAAACUCUCCUCUCCGCAGACUCUCCGCAGACUCUCCUCUCCGCAGACUCUCCGCAGACUCUCCGCAGACUCUCCGCAGACUCUCCGCAGACUCGCCUCUCCGCAGACUCUCCGCAGACUCUCCGCAGACUCUCCGCAGACUCGCCUCUCCGCAGACUCUCCGCAGACUCUCCGCAGACUCUCUGCAGACUCGCCUCUCCGCAGACUCUCCGCAGACUCUCCGCAGACUCUCCGCAGACUCUCCGCAGACUCUCCGCAGACUCUCCUCUCCGCAGACUCGCCUCUCCGCAGACUCUCUGCAGACUCUCCGCAGACUCGCCUCUCCGCAGACUCGCCUCUCCGCAGACUCGCCUCUCCGCAGACUCUCCGCAGACUCUCCGCAGACUCUCCGCAGACUCUCCGCAGACUCUCCGCAGACUCUCCUCUCGCAGACUCGCCUCUCCGCAGACUCUCCGCAGACUCUCUGCAGACUCGCCUCUCCGCAGACUCGCCUCUCCGCAGACUCUCCGCAGACUCUCCGCAGACUCUCCGCAGACUCUCCGCAGACUCUCCGCAGACUCUCCGCAGACUCUCCUCUCCGCAGACUCGCCUCUCCGCAGACUCUCUGCAGACUCUCCGCAGACUCGCCUCUCCGCAGACUCGCCUCUCCGCAGCUCUCCGCAGACUCUCCGCAGACUCUCCGCAGACUCUCUGCAGACUCUCCGCAGAACUCGCCUCUCCGCAGACUCUCCGCAGACUCUCCGCAGACUCUCCGCAGACUCUCCGCAGACUCUCCGCAGACUCUCCGCAGACUCGCCUCUCCGCAGACUCUCCGCAGACUCUCCGCAGACUCUCCGCAGACUCUCCGCAGACUCUCCGCAGACUCUCCGCAGACUCUCCGCAGACUCUCUGCAGACUCUCCGCAGACUCGCCUCUCCGCAGACUCGCCUCUCCGCAGACUCUUUUUGAAGCCAAACAGUGUAGAACGUAG